AUAUUGAUUACGAGUAUUUGUUUGCCACUUAAUAUUACGGAGUAAACUUUGAUUUACUCGACAUUACAGUAUUACACUGCCCCGCUCCACCCUUCCCCAGCUCUCUCCUCCAUCGAAGCGUACUCCGAAUCCUCCAUUGAAGCGGCUUUUGAGCUUUAUCUCUUCCAUUGAAGCAGCAUCUGAGGCUGAAUGUCAGGAGAAAACUAUGAAAACGGACCUUUUCUCCCCGUGCCCGAGGCGGCCACCCCUCCCGCUUUGGCUCAGGGAGAGGCCAGUCCUCAACUCUCAGAUGCUAAUGGAAAUGGAGAAUCUGAUCCUAGGCUGUCAGCUGAAGAAGUGAAGGGGGUAUUGGAAAUUAUAGCUUCAACUGGAAAGUUUUGGCAUGAAUGGGAUGAGUUGAAAAACAUGCUGUUGUUUCAGCUGAAGCAGGUAAUGGUGAGGUAUGCUUGUUGUAAGAUUCUUUCGGAAUAUCCAGAAGCAAAAAUUCCUGAUGAUCAACAAAAUUCUUCUUUGGGAGAGAGUUAUACACAAUUGGUGAAAAGCUUAGAGGAAGCUCUAUUCAGCUUUCUAGAUGGGCCACCAUUCACAUUGCAAAGACUUUGUGAGAUAUUACUGGAUGCGCAGACUAUCUAUCCAAAUUUGUCAAAACUUGCUCUGGCAUUAGAAAAGAACCUGUUGGUGACUAGUACUCUAACGAAAUCCACGGAUUCAUAUCCUCCCCCAAUUGUGCAACUAGCAGAUGCCUCAAGAGAGCAGGUUGAGGAUGCCCAGCCCCAGCCCCAGCCCCUGCCUCUGCCUGAGCCUCAACCUGAAACCGAGUCUCAACCUGAACCUCAGCCUCAGUCUCCUCCACAAUCCAACUCAGUAGAAAAUGGUGGGGAACCAAUGACAGGAGACAGGGAUGAAGUAAUGUCCGAAGUAGAUGCUGAAGUGGAUGAUGGUAUGACCAUUGACAUGGAAACGUUUGAAGAGAUCAUCAGUUCAUCAGAGACAAAUUCUCAGCCCAACAAUUCUCAAUCUAAAUCUUAAUGUGAGCAGAUGCUGCUGUUUAAGUGCUCAAUCUUAAGCAGCAGCGUAGUCAAUGUUCACAGUGCUGCCAUUUGAAGUAGCUGAUAGAGAAUUUAUGGUUCUUAAUUUUGCAGCAUAUCACAUUGUAUUACUACUUCAGCAUUCGAUAACUUUGAUGUUGAUACAUGAUGCAGCCACAAAGGAACAGCAUGAUCAUAUGUUCGUAGCUCUUAAUGCAUUGUGAUCUUAUUUCAAAACUUGGUAUUUUUUCGGUGUAACAAUGUGAACCACAUGAGAGCUAAAGUGAACCACUUUAUAUUCCCGAUGCAACCAUUA